AUGGUCCUGCUCCUGCUCGACACAGUCUGCGUCCAAACUGAUCCAAUUAACGUCCGGACUAAUGUCAUUAUCCACGGAGUCUGCAGCUGUGUCGCCAGGAUCAGGCACCAUCGCACAGGUACCAUCAGAGGCACCAUCGCACAGGCACCAUCAGAGGCACCAUUGCACAGGCACCAUCAGAGGCACCAUCAGAGGCACCAUCGCACAGGCACCAUCAGAGGCACCAUCGCACAGGCACCAUCGUACAGGCACCAUCGUACAGGCACCAUCGCACAGGCACCAUCAGAGGCACCAUCAGAGGCACCAUCGCACAGGCACCAUCAGAGGCACCAUUGCACAGGCACCAUCAGAGGCACCAUCGCACAGGCACCAUCGCACAGGCACCAUCAGAGGCACCAUUGCACAGGCACCAUCGCACAGGUACCAUCGCACAGGCACCAUCAGAGGCACCAUUGCACAGGCACCAUCAGAGGCACCAUCGCACAGGCACCAUCGCACAGGCACCAUUGCACAGGCACCAUCAGAGGCACCAUCGCACAGGCACCAUCGCACAGGCACCAUUGCACAGGCACCAUCAGAGGCACCAUCGCACAGGCACCAUCGCACACAGGCACCAUCAGAGGCACCAUCGCACAGGCACCAUCAGAGGCACCAUCGCACAGGCACCAUCGCACACAGGCACCAUCAGAGGCACCAUCGCACAGGCACCAUCAUAGACACCAUCGCACACAGGCACCAUCAGAGGCACCAUCGCACAGGCACCAUCAGAGGCACCAUCGCAAAGGCACCAUCGCACAGGCACCAGUCACAGGCACCAUCAGAGGCACCAUCGCGCACAGGCACCAUCGCACAGAAACCAUCAGAGGCACCAUCGCACAGGCACCAUCGCACAGGCACCAUCGCACAGGCACCAUCGCACAGGCACCAUCAGAGGCACCAUCGCACAGGCACCAUCGCACAGGCACCAUCACACAGGCACCAUCAGAGGCACCAUCGCACAGGCACCAUCGCACAGGCACCAUCAGAGGCACCAUCGCACAGGCACCAUCGCACAGGCACCAUCAGAGGCACCAUCAGAGGCACCAUCAGAGGCACCAUUGCACAGGCACCAUCAGAGGCACCAUCGCACAGGCACCAUCGUACAGGCACCAUCGUACAGGCACCAUCGCACAGGCACCAUCGCACAGGCACCAUUGCACAGGCACCAUCAGAGGCACCAUCUCACAGGCACCAUCAGAGGCACCAUCGCACAAGCACCAUCGCACAAGCACCAUCGCACAGGUACCAUAA